AUGUCGGCACCACCACAAUGGGUCAAGAACCUGAAGCCAUCUGGCACACCAAGCUCAGAAGUGCUCGAACAAGAACGUAACAAGAGCAACGUCAAUGCCGACAGUCUCAGUACCUUCCUCUUCACCAAAGAGGGCCGUGACCGCAAGCAACGUGUUUUGAAGACGUUGCAAGGCGAAAAGGUCUUCGACAAGAGCCAGAACUACUUCGCAGGACGCAUCGACCGUUUCGAGACGGCACUUGCGCGCGCAAAGAAACUCGCGCAGAUCCACUCUAGGGAAAGCUGGACUCAAGAGGAGAGGGUAGUCGCCAAUGAGCUCAUUAGUGAGCCAGGACCAUACGGUCUGCACGAGAGCAUGUUCCUCAUCACUCUCCGCGACCAAGGCACACCGGAGCAGCACGAGAAGUUCUUGAGGCCCGCGGAACAGUACAAGUACAUCGGCUGCUACGCUCAAACCGAGCUGGGACACGGCAGCAACGUGCGCGGUCUCGAGACGACAGCGACAUGGAACCCGGAUGACAAGACCUUCACCAUCCACUCACCCACCCUCACUUCAUCCAAAUGGUGGAUUGGCUCCCUCGGCCGCACAGCCAACCACGCCGUUGUCAUGGCUCAGCUCAUCAUCAACGGCAAGGGUAUGGGGCCUCAUCCUUUUGUCGUCCAGAUCCGAGACCUGCAGACCCAUCAACCACUCGAGAACGUCUAUGUCGGCGACAUCGGACCCAAGUUCGGCUACAACACCAUGGACAACGGCUACCUCCUCUUCAACAAAGUCAAGGUCCCGCACAUCUCCAUGCUCGCCAAGUUUUCAGGCGUCGACCCAAAGACCAACCAAUACGUCAAACCCGCUUCCGCUAGCUUGGUCUUUGGCACACUCACCUGGGUGCGCUCAACAAUCGUCCUGCAAUCCGGUGGUGUUCUCGCUCGUGGCGUGACCAUUGCGACGCGAUACUGUGCCGUACGCCAUCAGUUCCAGGACCGCGAUGCGCCGGAGUGGCAUAAGGGCGAGAACCAAGUCCUCAAUUACACCACCGUCCAAAUCCGUCUCCUUCCUCUCCUGGCUACUACCUUCGCCCUUCACUUCACCGGCAAGGGUAUGAUGGCCUUAUACGGGGCAAACCAGAAGAAAAUGUCCCAAGACGUCGGCAAAGUCGGCGGAGCCCAGCGCGGCGCAGGACCCGAGGAGACCAACGCCGGCUCAGACCUGCUCGCAGACUUGCACGCCACUUCUUGCGGUCUCAAAUCCCUCGCCUCCUUCACCGCCGUCGAAGGUCUCGAGGUUUGUCGUCGUGCCUGUGGCGGCCACGGCUACUCCUCUUUCUCCGGCAUCGGGCCUUGGUACGCCGAUUACCUCCCCACCGCAACAUGGGAGGGUGACAACUACAUGCUCACGCAGCAGGUGGCUCGCUAUUUGUUGAAGUCGGCUCGCUCCGUGCUAAAGGGCAACGAGCCAACGAACGACACUACCGCCAUUCUCUCCAACUUCCUGCAGAAGCAAGACACAGGCGCUGCCUUCGACGUUUUGGGCAACGACAGCGAUGUCGUCGCCGCUUUCGCCUGGCGUUCCGCCUUUUUGACAUUCGCUGCGCUGAAGCACCGUGACGAGCAGAAGAGGAGCUGGAACAGCCUGCUGGUGGACUUUUACCGUCUCAGCCGAGCCCACUCACAGUACAUGGUCGUGAAGAACUUCUACGAGACUCUCCAGUCUGCCUCAACGGACCUGGACGUCGAGACCACCGGGAUCAUGCACAAGCUCUUCCGGCUCUACGCCCUGCACACUCUCGAGCAAGAAGCGUCUGAAUUCUACACGUCUUCCGCCGUCACCGUCCGUCAGAUCGAGCUGGCCCGUAUUUCGACGGUCAUGAAGCUGUUGGAGGAGAUCCGCCCGCAUGCCGUGAAGUUGGUGGAUUCCUGGGAGUUCCCUGACUGGCAGCUCGACUCUUCCCUCGGGAGAUACGACGGCAAGGUGUACGAGGACAUGUUCUAUCGUGCCUCGGAGCUCAACCCGCUCAAUAAGGUCACGGUUGACCCGUAUCCGGAUAGCCCCACGUUGUUCAAGCAGAAUGAUGCGGGUGCUAUGAAAGCUAAGCUCUGA